AUGAAGGUUUGCAACUUGUUACUUGUUGCUGCGGUUGCCAACUCGUUGGCUAUCAAAACCCCGGAAAAAAAUGCUGCCAAUGCUAAUGACGCUUCCAAAAAGACUGGCAGCCAUAGACUUGGUUUCAAACACCACAAUGCUAUGAGAUUGAGAAUGCCAUUCAAGUCGGCCAAUUCAGCUGCUCAACAACAAGAUCAAGCCCAAAAUGAAUGGAGUGUUGAACAUCAAGCUGAUUAUGCAUUGAGGACUAAGUUUCAAGAUGAUUCUGAUAAUGAAGAUAGUGCCCAUGUUGAUGGAUCUGAGUUGGGAUUGGGUAAUUUUGCGGAAGUCUUGGCUGAUGAAGUUGCUUCUGAUCCUACUUUUACCGCCAAGUUUAAAUCUGGUGGGUUUGGCGACAUGUUUUGGCUGUUGUUGAGCAUUGGCAAGGAUUUGACCAUGGAGAAGAUUAACAUUUUGAAGGAUAUCUUGUCCAUGUUGGAUCAGAUUAAGAAUGCUCGUGCUGAGCAUGAAGAAGAGCCAGUUUCGAUUAAAAUUGUCGAUCAAGCGCCAAUUUCCAAGAGGGGUGUUGAGGAAACUGCUGACAUUGAAGAUUUGAACAAUUUGAUUAAGCUCGAUAAAUUGAAGGAUCUUUUCAAGAAGGGUAAAGGUGGCAAAGGUGGCAAAGGUGGCUGGAAGAACAAGUUUGGUAAGGGAAAACACGAUGAUGAUGUGGAAAAGGAUGACGAGGAUGAUUAUUCCGACAACGACAAUGAUUCUGAAUAUGAUGACGAGGAUUGCGAAGAUGAUGGAUAUGAUAACAGAGGUUGGGACCAAGGCAAGAAGAAGUCUGGAUACAACAGAUCAUCCAGCAACAAGAAGAACGGUUUCAGCAAGAACAAGAGCUCAACUCGUAACAGCAAGAAUGGAUCCAAGUUUGGAUAUGGUAAAGGUCAAUCCAAAUCCAAGGAUUGGGAUCGUGCUGAAGUUGUUGAUGAUGAGGACUUGAAGCAACGUGAUUUUGAUCGUUCCAGAUCUGACUCUUCUCAUUCUGGUAGAACUGAUGGAAGCGACAGAUUGAGCGGUGCUCAUAAAGUUCACGGACGUCUUGAAGAUUGUGAUGAUGAUUUUGAUCAUGGAAAGGAUCAUGGAAAAAAUCUUGACAAAAAUCGUGACUUUGGUAAAAACCACGGUUGGAAGAACGAGACUGAUCAUGGAAGAAAGAGUGGUAAAGGCAAGGAUCAUGAUUGGAAUAAUGAUGAAGACUGUGAUGACUUUGACCGUGACAAUGAUUCUCGUGGUAGAGAUUGGAACAGAGGCAACGGAUCUGGUAAGAAAUACCGCUCAUCGAAAGUUUCCAAGAAUGAAGAAGUUCAUUUGGCUGUGAGAGACUUGAGUAAAUUGAAAAAAAUGAUGGGCGGUAAAAAGGGAAGGACCUCUGUUGCUCAAACUACUCUUGCUGCAACUACCGCUGCCCCCGAACCUGAACCAACUGAGGAAGAGGAAUGUUCUGAGGCAGAGCCAGAAAUUGAAGCACCUACUGUUGUUACCACUACUGUCUUGGCUACUCCAACUGGUAAGGCAGGUGGAUUGAAAUCAAAGUUGAAGAGCAUUUUCAAGAAGGGUGGAAAUGGAAAUGGAAAUGGUGUCGGAAGUGGAAGCGGAAGUGGAAAGUUGAGUGGCUUGAAGGCCAAAUUCUCAAAAAGUAAGGCCACUACUAGCUCAUCUGUUGCUGCCAUUAUCACCACCGUCACUGUUGACUGUCCUGAAUCUGAAACUGAAACUCCAAGCACUGCUCCUGUUGAAGAUGAAGAUUGUCCAGAAGACAAGAAAUUGGCCAAUGGAAAAUCUGAUAAGGCAAAACGUGAUGAAGCUUUGGAUGUUUCUGUUGAUUCUAGAUACUUUGGAUUUGGUGGUAACAAGAAUGGUAAAUCUGGAAAGGGAAACAACGGAAAGUCCGAAAAGUCCAAGCCAGACAACUUUGAUGAUGAAGACUGCGAUGAUGAAGAAGGAGCAGCAGCAGAAAAAGAAAAAGAAGAAGAGAAGAACAGUGGAAAACAAAACGGCGGAAAAAAAGAUAUCAAAGGUAAGUUGAAGGGCAAACUCGGUGGCUUGAAAGGCAAGAUGGGCGGUGGUGCUGGAAUGAAGGAUAAACUCGGUAGCUUGAAAGGCAAGAUGGGCGGUGGUGCCGGAAUGAAAAACAAGCUUGGUGGAUUGAAGGGAAAAUUCAAAAAAGGUGGCAAAGCCCAAAAAGAUGUUGCUGAUGACGAAGAUUGCGAAGAUGACAUUUACGAUAACAAUGGAAACGGAAGCAAGAAUGGGAAAACUGGAGGCUUUGGUAAGGGCAAACGUGAAGUUGAAGACAAUUUCUUUGACUCAAGUGCCGAAUGGUGUCAUGACUCUGAUUGUGCCGAUGAAAGCUUUUUCACCGAUAAGGUAGUGGCUGCUGCAGGGAGCAAUCGUAUAGGGCUGGAACCCCAAUUUUUCGCUCAAAGCGUUGUAUCUAAACAUGAUUUAGUUGAAGAUUUGUUGUUGAAGGUUUUUUUGCAAUUGAAGCAUUCUGGCUUGAUUAAUGAUAUCAUUAAGAUGUCCUUGACUGAUGAUCUUGUUAGAGGAGCUUUGACUGAUAUUACCAUCAAGUUGUUGAAUGCAAAUGUUAUUCCUUGGGAUGAGAUUAUCCUUGCUAUAAAGACCCAUGGUCUUGUUCUUGAUGUUACCAAGUUUACUUUGACCAAUCCAGAAGUUAGACAAGGGUUGGCUUCGUUUGUUUUGGAGCUCAUUCCUGGUUUGCUCAAGAGUGGUUCAUUGACUGCUCAACAAGUUGUUGAGCAAUUAAAGGUUGAAGAUAAGCCAUUUCCAGGAGUACUUGGUAAGGCCAGAGACCCACGUAUCCAACCAUUAGGUCCAUUUCCAGAUGAAGAGUUUCCUCAUGAUCACCAUGAAAAGAAUCACGUCAAGACCAUCAAGGGUCACGAAGAGGAACAUCAUUAUGUAAAGGUUCGUAAUGCUACUCAUGAACACGAAAUUGAGAAUCACGAACAAAAGAAUAAGGAUAUUGAGAAGUUGCACCAUGAAGAGAGCCAUCAUGGUGAUCACGAAGAAGACGAUUACGAAAGCAAGCACCAUGAGUCUGAAAAGGAUUACCAUGAGGAGUCCAAACAUGGUGGUAACGUUCGUGAAAAGGAUCUCCAUGAAUUGAAGAAGGAUCACCACAAGGAGAACCAUCACCAGGACUUGAACAGAAACGGUGAAUUGCGUGAGGAGCAUCAUGAAAAGAGCAACAAGGAAUUGCAAAAGGAAAACCAUGACCAGGAAUUCCAAGUUGAAGAGGAUGUUUCCAACCAGCAAAAGAGGGAAGAAUUGGACCAUCAUGAGAAGGAAAUUCACAAGAAGGAAAAGGAUUUGCAUGAAUUGGAUCUUCAUGAACAAUAUGAUGAAGGUGACGAGCAUCAUAAAGUUGACCUUCAUGAAAAAAAUAAGCAUGGUUUGGAAAAGGAUCUUUACGAAAAGAAUGAACAUGAAAAAAAUGAAGGACAUGGUAAAGAUCACCACCACAAGGAUGAGCAUGAAUUGACUCAAGAUUUCCACGAAAAGGACCUCUCUCAAAUUGAUGAUGAUGCUGAUGGUACUCAUUAUGAUAAGAAUUUGCACGAAUUAGAUGGUGUUCAAGUUGAAAAAGAUCUUCACAAGGAUUAUGUGCGUGAAGUUGAACACAAGAUGAGAAAGAGACAUGAAGUUGAACAUUUUGAAGAGGAUUUUCACAAGAAUGUAACUGAACACCACGAACAUGAUUCCCAUGAAGCUGUUGAUGGCGAUUCGGUGCAUCAUGAAAAGGACAAGCAUCAAAAUGAGGAUCACAGUGUUGAGCAUGAUAAGCACUUGGUUAAUCACCACGAAGAGGAUCAUGGUGAUUUUGACUAUGAGAAGGAUUUCCAUGACUUGGAUGAAUUUUUCAAGGAGAAGGACCACCAUUCUGAUUACUAUCAUGAAGUUGAUCACAAGAGAAGAAAGAGGCACGAAUUGGAACGUUCUGAAGAAGAUUUCCACAAGGAUGUUAAGGCACAUCACGAAGCUAAUCAUCAUGAGAGUAUUGAGGAUCAAUGGGGUCGUGAUGAAAAAGUUCACCACAAGGAGGAUGAUUUUGCUUUGGGACGUGACAAGCAUGCUGUUGAUCACCAUGAGGAAAACCACAAUGACGGGUUGGACUAUAGUAAGAAUGUGCAUGAGUUGGAUGAUGUUUCAAAGGAGAAGGAGCAUCACAAGGAUUUCUACCAUGAAGUUGAACAUGAUCUUAAACGUCGUGAUGUUGUUGGUUACGAACACGAUCAAGUUUCUCAAGGUAGAGAGUUGCAUGAUUUGGACAAGCAUUUCAAGCAAAAGGAUAAGGACCAUUUUGCCAAGGAUAAUCUCUAUGGUGGAGAACGUCAUUACAAGGAACAUUAUGAAAAGGAGCACCAUGAGAAGGAGAAUCAUGAAGCUACUCCUGAUAGAAAUCAUUAUGAAAAGGAGGAGCAUGACAGAGAGGAGCACGGUAAAGAGAAGCACGAAAAGGGACCUCAUGAGCAUGAAGAGUUUUCAAAGGAGCAUGGGAAGAGUGUUGACAAGAAGGAGUCUAGUGAAAGUGCCUUUGGUAAGAAGGAGCAUGAAUUGAAGGGUAGCUUGGGUAUUCAGUUUGUUCCUGUUGAUCCUGCCUCCGCUGCUGCCUCCGCUGCUGCUGCUGCUGCUUCUGCUGGGGGUCCAACACAAGCUCCAGGACAAAUUAUUCCUCCAGUUGGAGCUUAG